AUGGAUACCGACCCAGCUCCAAACAGCUCCUUGGCGUGGGCCAGCAAAAUAAUGCAAGAACAGUAUGCAUCCGGGAUACGCAAAUUGACAAGUGAAAGCAGUGGCCGACACUUCAACACCAUGAAAGCGACUGCCGAACAAAUCGAGAUGUUCUGUAUUGCAGAGACGGCUACGCAGUACCAGGCCCUUACACCAUAUCUAUGGGAACUUUUAGGGUACCUUCUAAAUGCCACUACGAAGAUAUCAAAGGUAGACAGGGACAGGGAUAGGGAUUAUAGGAUGAGUGAUGUGGAGGCUAAAGACACAUAUUGGGAUCACGUCGACAAGUUAGACUUGGAAGGAAUCAUCGAGAACCUGGCAAGUAGCACCAACAAGCGCAAACACAAUUGCAAAGCUGCAAUUGCAGUUAAAAAAGUUGUCAUUUUGAGUAUCAUGAUGCAGAGUACAAAUCAAAAGUCCGAUGCACUGCAGAGCGUGAUAGGUAUCUUCUUGCAAUCAUCACAUUCCCCCGAGAAGGUUAUCGACGCGAUGGCCUGCAUAGGUGUCUCAAUCUCACAAAGUGCAAUCCACAGUGCCAUUUGGUCGUUAUUAGCUGAGUCUCACCGUAACAUCUGUGCACUAGGGAAAACAAUGCUAGCCUCAUAUGCAUAUGCCAAUUUUGACGUGGACUUGAAGUCUCACCAACCUGUGGCCAAAAAAUCAUCAGAUACAUUGAAGCACCUCACUUUGGGGCUGCUAUUUCCCUUGCAGCAUGGUGUUACUCUCAGAGACCUCAAGUGCUCUCAGGAACUCUGGGAAAAAUCCACUUUCAAUCCAGAUAUCAUUCCGUCUGAUGGUCUCACUAGGGAAACGUUAGAACAGCUACUCAGCAUACAUCCUGAUGUCCCCAACACCUCAGGACUUAGCUGUAGACAGCAAUUCAAUUCGUGGAAGUUCAUGCAUAAUCUCUGUCAUCAAGGACCUGCUUACUUUGCGAGCUUCAAGUCUCAGAUUGGACCUCUAGCACCAACCGAGCCAAUUCCUGUCGUCAAAACAUCUAUUAUAGCUGCCAGGGCCAUGGACAUCAAUAAUUUGACAGUGCCAGGAAACAUACAAGCUGUUGUAGAGUCGCUGGCACAGGGUGGAAUAACAGAGCCGUCUGCAGAUGGGGGUAGUGUAACAACCAAGAGUUAUUUACUCUGGUGCACACAGGAACACACUAUAAGGAAGAUGAUGGGGAGUGGUUACCCCUUAGGCUGCAGUGAGUUAGUUGUGCUAGACAACAGGAGGACUCGCUGA